CACAACGCUAUGCUGAUCUCUUCUCAGCAGUCGUAGAAGAAGGAGAUAGCCUGCAACUCGCCUACAAAAAUAUGUUGAUGCUGUCGAGAGUAGGAUCACUACACCUGCCUUUUCAGGGACGUCGAGUAGCCAUUCAAAUUAGUCGAAUUCGCGCCUCUCAUAUCAUCUCUCGGCCACUCUCAUCGUCGCGAUCUCUCAGCAUGCCGGCCCCAGACAAGUUCCUCAGCUUCAUCGACGAGCAUGCAGACAAGUUCAUCAAGCGUCUCGGGGAGGCCGUCGCAAUUCCCAGCAUAAGCGGCGAUGCGGCCCACCGGCAGGACGUCUUCAAGAUGGGCAACUGGCUGCAGGGCCAGCUGAACACCGUCGGCGUGCAGACGAAGCUCGUCGACCUCGGCAAGCACGUCAUGGACGGCCAGGAGCUGCAGCUGCCGCCCGCGAUCCUGGGGCGGAUCGGCGACGAUUCGAAGAAGAAGACCGUGCUCAUUUACGGACACUACGACGUGCAGCCUGCUGAGCUGAGCGAUGGCUGGGAUACGGAGCCGUUCAAGCUCGUCGUGGACGAGGCGAGCGGCCGGCUGAUCGGGCGCGGCGCGACGGACGACAAGGGGCCUAUCCUGGGAUGGCUCAACGUGCUCGAGGCGCACAAGACGCUUGGACUGGAGCUUCCUGUGAACCUGCGCUUCUGCUUUGAAGGAAUGGAGGAGAGCGGGAGCGAAGGCCUGGAUGAUCUGAUCAAGUCUGAGGUGGCGAAGGGCAAGGACGGUUGGUUUGACGGAGUCGACUGUGUCUGCAUCUCGGACAACUACUGGCUUAACAAUCGUACGCCAUGCAUUACGUACGGUCUUCGCGGAAUUGCCUACUUCAAGGUGACCGUGUCCGGCCCGACACGCGACCUCCACUCUGGUAUCUUUGGGCGGACGGUAUAUGAGCCGAUGACGGCCCUCGUUGCUCUCAUGAGCAAGCUGGUCGCUCCCGACGGCACCAUCCUCGUCCCAGGUGUUGAGGAUUUGGUACCAAAUGCCACCGACGAAGAAAUAGCGAUCUAUAAUAAGCUGGAUUACUCUGUUCAGGACGUGGAGCAGGCUGCGGGCGCGCCUAUCGCCAUCUCCUCGGACAAGGCUACGGUGAUUAUGGGCCGCAUGCGCAUGCCUUCUCUCUCCCUGCACGGCAUUGAGGGCGCGUUCUCCGGUGCGGGUGGAAAGACUGUCAUUCCCGCAAGCGUCUCGGGCAAGUUCAGUAUCCGUCUGGUCCCACCCCAGACGCCCGAGGACAUCGCAACGCUCGUGGAGAAGUACCUCAAGGACGAGUUUGCAAAGCUCAAUACGAAGGCGACGCUCAAGAUUGAGAACCUGCACGGUGGUAAGCCAUGGGUCGCUGACCACAAGCACUGGAAUUUCGAAGCGGCAAAGAUUGCAACCAGGGCCGUCUACAACAGGGACCCUGACCUUACCCGUGAAGGUGGCUCAAUCCCUGUGACGCUCACCUUCGCUGACAGUCUUGGUGUCAACGUCCUUUUGUUGCCCAUGGGUCGUGGCGACGACGGCGCUCACUCGACAAAUGAGAAGCUCGACCGAUCGAAUUUCCUCAAAGGCAGCAAACUCUUGGGAACCUAUCUGUACGAGGUCGGUGCGAUCGCAACUGCUUGAAUCGGUAAAUCUGAAGGACCACCUUUGUGAAUGGCGGGGUUUUUGUGCAUCUGUGUGUUUGAAUAGCUUGCAAAUGUAUGAACUGCUGUAUCGAUAUACAAGUUGUGACAUUGGUCUGAAGGAGCAAGGAAAGCCG